UUGUAUAUUCACUGCCAUUUUAUUUGUUUGUUUAUCCUUUACGCAAAGUCUUCGCACAUUCUUGUUAUAUUUAUCAUUUGUCCUCCUCUUCUCGAGCCUUUUCCCUUCCUCAUAUAAUUAUCACUUCCCGUGUCUCCUCUCACCCUAUUACUCUCACGGUGUCGCUAGAGGAAAUGCCUGCAUGCCAUUCCGACUCAGAGAAAUGGUUUGCAACAUCACCACAACACCGAAUGCAAUUUGCAAAGAAGUGAACGCGGAGAAGAGAGGUGCAGUGCCAUUGCUCCAGUCAGUCAGCAUGACACCCAAGAGAUGGUGACAUAUAGCAAAAGUGCCUCAGAAGAUGGUGACACGCAGCACAAGUGCCCCAAAAAGUAAUGACACACGAUAGAAGUGCCACAUCACAGUGCCAGCUCUAAUGAUGAAGACGUCAACGGCCACUGUUUUCUUAAGUUUGGUUUGCCUUGCGUACGUCUCGUGUGCUCCUCUGUUCGGAUGCCAGCACCACGCCGACUGUUUCCCCGAGGAGUACUGCGAGUCGGAGGGCACGUGCCGUUGUCGGGGAGGAUACACGCGAGCUCCUGACGGUCGGUGCGUAGCGAGUCGAGUCGGGGAAGUCGGAUGUAUGCACGACUUCGAUUGCGCUCGUCCGGACUUCGUCUGCCGUAACGGAAGUUGUCAUUCUCCCGAUGAGGAGAAGCGAGAGAGCGUGCAAAAAAGCCACAUUCUUGUCCAGCCAUCACCAACCGUGCAGGACGAAGAGGAAGUCUCCGUUGAGGAAGUGAAAUGGUACAGGAACAAGAAGAGUGUGGGGGGAAUCACGUUCAUCAUCGUCCUCUUUCUUCUUAAGACAGUGACAAUCAACAGAAUCGAAGCAGCGUUCAGAAAAUGUCGGCUUCUGUUGUCAAGGUGCCGGGGCGAGAGAGAAUGCGUGGAUCCUCCCGUUGAGGUUGACGAGUCGUCCGACUCAGCUGUCGCUCCGGUCGCCUCCCAGGAGGCUUCCGACACAUCGUCCUUUUCGUCCGAGGUCAGCCGCAGCAAUAUUGAAGGCCCUUCCGCUCCGGGACUUGAAGGCCAUGAUCAUUCCUCCGUCCGAGACAGCCAUUCCGAGUCGCUGCCUUGGAUUGAUCUUUCUGGCUCCGACGUCCUCCCAACGCCGCGAGCACCGCCUUCGGAGAGCAACAGUGCCGCUUACGGGAGGGACAAUCCGCCUCCCUAUUGUAGCCUCCAGCCUCUGUCAUGCACGCUCCUUGACCCUCCUCCGUACGAAGCCCUCCGCUCGCCUCUGUACUCCCUCCAACCACCCUCCUACGAAGAGGCCAACCUAGACGCAGAUAGGGCAUCCCCAGUCUCCUCUACGUCGACGCCCCGAAACCACGCUUACCGGAUAGGCGAUCCUGCCAUCAAUACUCCUGACAUGGGCAGUGACACGGACAUGGCAUCCGACCAAAGGAGGUAUUAGGUUCCUGAUCCUCGAGAAAGGCGAGAGAGAAGGAACUAUUAGGACUCGCAAGACGCACUUAUGACUCCGAGACCGAAGGAAUCGCUGCGUUCUACAUUUAUCGAUCGCAUUCUUGCAGACAUCGCCUUGGAACAAAAGGACCAGAUGCGACAGACUCGUCCAAACAAUAAGGAAUGCCUUAAGACAAUGGAUAUAUGUUGAGAUACAAGUGUACCUGAACUAAUACUUAAUGAUUACCACCAACCGAACUCUGUGAUUAUAGUAUUAAAUUAUUACAGCGAAUAGAAACGCUUCAGAUGAAGAUAAAUCAUUAUGCAGGCAUGUGGCAAUUUAAUGGGUUACUGAGUGGAAUUCUAGUCACUGUUUAUGCUAUGCCUGUAACCGUUAUUUCAGCUUAAAUGUUUGGCACUGGUUUUAAUGCUCUGGCACUGUCAGUGUGGUGCACCAAAUGGACUAACAUAUUAUGAACAUAUAUGCACAUAAAAUAAAUCAAUGAGUUGUUAAGUGGACACACAUACACAGACA